GUCGCCCAGGCCGCCCAGAGCUAGGAUAAUUUGCUUUUGCUCCUGGGUUCAAGACACUGAUUCGAUGCAGAAAACUUGAUACAUGGUGUGCAAAACACGCUUCACCUGUGCAAUGUGGAAUGUUUCUGUGAUCAAGAGGAAAUAGACUGUUAAAAACGGUACCGGACUGUAAGCAUCGGAUCAUUCGCUACAGCCGCAGCGAUGUCGAAAGCUAAGAACAAACUGAACUUGACGAUAGCCCCGACUGCUUCUCCGGAUCCAGUAACUCCGUGAGUAAAUGGAUGUUUUCGGUGAUUUCUUUCUAAUUCCGAGCUCAAACGCACCUUGAAUUGUGUAAUUUCGCAUAGGCGCAUUGCUUGUUACUCACUACUACUUUCGUAUUUUAUUUCUUGUGCUCCAACAGAGAUGAUGCGGCAGGGAUCGGCUUGCAAAAGGUGGAAGAAAUACGAAAGAAAAUGGACGAGCUUGAACUGGACACCUUGCAACGUGAAAGGCUUGAGGCGUUUCUGGCCGAGAAGAGGAAAAUUGGAGAGCUGAACGCAGAGGAUUUCGAUAAAUUGGCUGAAUUGGGUGCUGGGAAUGGCGGCGUUGUGACCAAGGUCUUGCACAAGCCAAGUGGGCUUAUAAUGGCUCGAAAGGUGAGCUCGCAGACGAGAAUAUCUAGAACCCAAUUAAUCCCAGCCGAAUAAAUUUUCAGUAUCAUAAUAACACGAUCGUGUUUGCAUGUAAUUCUCCUGAUUUCAUUUCCCAGGGAUCGCUCAUAUCCUCUCUUAAAAGCGGUUCAAGGCAUUAUGUCGCUACUGUUCAGAGUUUAAUACGUGCGUACAACCUCCUGGAAUUUAUGUCUAUUUUUGUACAUUUUUUCAAAGAACGCAUGUUUCCUUUCAUCCAUAGCUCAUUCACCUGGAAAUCAAGCCGUCCAUACGCAACCAAAUCAUUAGAGAACUAAAGGUUUUACACGACUGCAACUCUCCGUACAUCGUGGGCUUUUACGGAGCGUUUUACAGCGAUGGAGAGAUCUCCAUUUGUAUGGAACACAUGGUAAGAUAUGGGGAAUGUUUCAAGUACUCUAGCAAAUGGAAUUUGCUUUUUGUUGCGUUCUACGCAGCAAAGCACUGAGCAGCUAUGCACGUUCUAGCAUUUAUUCAUCUGCUAAGAAACAAAACGCAAAUCGCAGAAUGGCAAUUGAUAUAUUAAUUAUUUACUGGUUUUGUAGCCCACGUCGCCAGUCCAAACGCCAUGCACACAACUUUGCAGGUUUUUAGCUCUGUUUUGCUACGAUCGCUUUUUUGUUAAUCUUAUUUAGCGAUGAUUUUUGAUUCGUGCAAGAUGAAAGUACGUCCACCCUGGAGAGCGUUUAGGGGAAGGGAUUUCGUGCUGUAGCGUUUACUUUCUCCUUGAGAUUGUGUUUGAAUUACUAACAUCAAUUUAUUGUCAGAGGUCGAUGGUUUGUACUGUGAGUUUCUUUGUGCAUAACUUUUCAUUUCCUGCAUAAAUGUAAAUUUUACGCGUUCAAUUCUUGCCCGGGACUCUUUCUGACUGCAGCAAAUCGUUUUGUAUUUAAUGUAUUUGAUCUUGGUAAAAUAUUCCAAGUUCGAUGGCAUUUUUUUUAAUGCAAUGUACUCCCUUCACAAAAGUAGCCAAAUUUAUUCCCCAGAGUAUUAAUAUAUGUUCGUUCUGACCAUUAAUAUUACCUCUGCAAACACAGUUUAAUAUUUUUCUGUUGUGUUAAUUAUUAGGUGGCCUUGGCUUACUCAGCCUCAAAUUCAUUUGUUGAAUUUAACCUUUUUUACAUAAAACAUAGGUUAAAUUAUGUUUAGCAUGUGCAUGAUGACUUAGCCAUUGAUUUUGAUCUUGAGUUCAAAGAGGGAUUUUUCAUCUCUGUACAAAGCUGCAUUUGAAAAUACUUUACAAGCUCCACACCUGCAAAGUGUAUAAUUUGCAUACCCAAGAUAAUGCUUUGUGUUUUUCACAUAACAAACCCAUAUUUUGGACACUUGAGAAGUUCUGAUUCGGCACAUUUUGCAAUGUAAAUUUACCUAGAUGCCUUGCAGAACAACAUGUAUAUUACCCACAUUGUUUUGUACUGCCUUGUAUACAUGUAAGUCAUAUCUUUCCAACCUUAAAAACUUAAAGUAAAAUUUUCUCUUUGAAACAUGCUCAAUAGAUCCAGCCAUAAUAUCUCAUGAAUUAAUUUUGUUAUGUUCAUCAUGCAUUUGUUUAGAGUUUUUGCUGUCAUUUUUUGCCUUAAAUUAUUUGGUAGACAGUUGGAACCAAUCAGUAAAUGUUUUGUUUUUUUCAGUGUUUACUUUGUAUCCUUGCCUCAUACAACCCAGUUAACAUUUUGGUUGCCAAAAUAUUUUUACUGAAUAGCCUUCUAACAGAAGUGACAUGCUGAUGUUUGUUAACUUAAGAUUAAUCUGCUUGAAAUUGUCAAAACAACUGACUGAUAACAAUGUUGAUUGUUAACCUUGAACACUGAUCAAACUAUCUUCUGACUCUGUGCCCUCCACUUUUGUCUGAGACCCUUUUCACACCAACAAUCAAAUUAGAGUUCGUCUGAAAAGAAAGCAAAGUUGGCAGUUUUUAUCUAAAAGGCUAUACCUGCUUAGGAAGUUUCUAACAGCAACAAUCUGUCAUAACAGUAUUUAUUUUAUACAUUUUCAUUUUUUGUGGCCUGCUGUCAAUUCAACAAUGCUGGUGCAAUUAUUUUUAGGGCCAGCUGUAGUCUGUCUUUAUGGAGCUUUUGCUUUUUCUUUUUAACUAACUAUUUCCUCUCGGGGGUGGGAGCGGGGGGAUUUGUUUCUUCAUUUACAGGGAAAUCAUUCUUCUUAAUGUUACAAUUAACUUAAAAGUUAAGUAAAUGUAAUCGUCUCUGUUCUCUAAAAAUACUGAACAAAUCUUUGUACAGAUGGCAAAAUACUGCAUUUUUGAGAGUCUUUUGAAAGAGCACUAAGGUUUAAUGAAGAGAGAAAACUUGAUAUAACAUUGAGAAGGCUUAUUCAGUGCUGGGUGCAAUUGAUGUCAAAUUUCAAAGUAAGAGUUUCUCCAUCCUUUUGAGUUGUUAGUUUUAUCACGCAUUUGAGCUGCUUAAAACUUACCAUUUUUACAAGUUGUUGAGUUGAAGUGGUUUUUUUGUUUUGUAAUAAAGGGUGUUGGAAUUUGAGAGCUGUUGUGCCAUGCAACAUCAAAAAAUGACCACUGAAAAUGCUCUCAUACAGUUACAACAAAAAGUUAUCUUUUGAGUCGUUGAAACCUUUUUGAGCUAUUUUGAAAAAAUAGCUCAUAUGUCAGUGGUGUGAGCGUAUGUAUCUUUGUGGCUUUGUAUCUUUGUGGCUUUGUAUGUUGGGAUGUUUGUUGCAAGAGCCAAUAAGGUUGAAGGUACUAUGAGUUGAUGCUUAGGAACCAAUGAGAUCUUGGCAUCUAUUUAAACAUGGCAUUGGUAAAGGUCGAACAAGGGCACUUUGAGACCGCCAUCUUGAUCCUUCACAAUUUUUUUGUCUUUUAUUACGGGUACAGGUGUUUGGAAGCAUUAUACAAAAUAUCUUCAUGAUUCAAACGCUGUGAACAGUGAUACAGCUGUUUAAGGGUUCAUAUUUAAGUGUGGAUGCUGCUUCGAGACAUUUCUGACCUAAUUUGGCUAUCGGUACAACGCACGUCAGUAUGAGUUCUGUUUCACCUGCUACAACGGGGUAGAGUAUAAAAGAUUAUAUAUUUUCAAAUCUCUUCCAAUGAAGCAAUAAUUGAUAUUUAGAUAUAGACUUUAAUUCGAAAGUAUGCGCCCUAUAAAAUGUGGUUUUAGAAGUUUAAAAGGCAGCUUAUUUUUUUGAAAGCUGUAUCGAGUAUUGUUAAUCCUGUAAACAAGCUUUAAAAAUGUUAUUCUCUCACUUACAAAGUUCAACCGACCUUUUUCGUUCUAUUUAGUAAAGAUGCAUAACUUAAGUAGAAACAGUAGCGUUAGGGAAUAAAAUUGGAAGAAGCUAGUUGACACAAUAAUUAGAUACUGUUAUAUUGAGUGGAGUAACAUGAUAUAAGUAGAAAUAUAUUUCGGCAGUUUGAUAAUUUUCUUGGAAGCUAAUAAAUGUUAGGCUAUCAACCUUGACGUUGCAUGAAACAUAAUUUAAUUGCAGAUGUUGUAAUAAAGCCGAGGUGAUUUCUUAAAAUCGUUGGAGAAAAUUUUGUAGUAAAACAAUUUGCCUCUUUUAUACGUACGAAUUGUGAAAGGGCCAAAGACCAACAUCUUCACAUGCAAAUUGUGUGCAUGAGUUAUUUUUUGAUUACUGUGUGAUAACUCGAAUUCCCUCACGUACGAACCACGAAAUGGGGGAAAGUCCAACACUUUCACGUGUCAGCUGCGUGACUGUACAUCUCAUGCAGAUUGGCUUUUCAUAAUAAUAAUAGUAACUUGGACGUAUGAAGACCUGUUUCGUUUUGUAACCAAUGCCUUAAAAAAGGCUCUUGUCUUUUAAGAAGCAAUGGCUUUUAAAACAUGACGAAAUAAGUUGUCGGAGUUAAAGACUGUUUCGCAAAUGUUAAUAAAUGUUAGGUUAUCAACUUUGACGUUGCAUGAAACAUAAUUUAAUUGCAGAUGUUAUAAUGAAGCCGAGGUGAUUUCUUAAAAUCGUUUGAGAAAAUCUUGUAGUAAACAAUCUGCCUUUUUUUCCGUACGAAUUGUAAAAGGGCGAAAGACCAACAUCUUCACGUGCAAAUUGUGUGCGUGAGUAAUUUUUAUAAUUCUGUUUACUAGUUUACUGUGUGAUAACUCGAAUUCCCUCACGUACGAACGACGAAAGGGGGCAAAGUCCAACACUUUCACGUGCCAGCUGUGUGACUGUACAUCUCAUGCAGAUUGGCUUUUUACAAUGAUAAAUAGUAACUUGGACGUAUGAAGACCUGUUUCGUUUUGUAACCAAUGCCUUAAAAAGGCUCUUGUCUUUUGAGAAGCAAUAGCUUUUAAAACAUGAAGAAAUAAGUUGUCGAAGUUAAAGACUGUUUCACUGAGUAGAAUCACACCUGAAAACCUCGUGAAUUAUGAUGAUGCAACCAUCUACCACAAUGAUAAAAAUCCUGGCAUUUCGUAACUAUUCAGUAUUCGAUGAGUCACAUUUUGGCUUAAGAAACUCUGAGGAAACCUUAGAGUUUUCCUGCUGAUCAACGUUUGGUGAGUAGAAAUUUGUUUCACUUUAACGAUUUGUUUAACUUGCACCAGAUGUAACAGGGAAAGACAGAGGAAAGUGAAUAUAUAGCUUGAGGAUUGACUCAGCUGAGCGUUUCGCGUUUUCAUUUAUGUACCGCAAUACGCAAUUUCGCACAAAAACCCAAUCUACAUUUAGGAUGAAAGAGGUAGAUUCAUCACUCUUGGUAAGGUUACACCGAAGCAUUAAAGUUACACUGAAGCAUUCAAAAUAGCUCAUGCACGUUUAACGUGCCUAUGUUUCAAUGGUCCCUGUGCUAGCAUAAGUAUUAAUUGCAGUGUUAAUGAACUCUCAGGUUCUGAGUAAUUGCUCUUUUAGCAAGAUUGGAUCACAUGUUUCUUGUUGCCAUUUUGGUACUGUCCCUCUGAGGAAAACCAAAAUGGCAUCUCCAUGCCUACUGUAAAAACUCGUGUAUAAGCCGCACCUUUUUGCCGAAAUUUUGAGUCAAAAAUCACGGGUGCGGCUUAUACACGAGACCAUUGCUCUCAAAGGGAGUAAACUGGCUUGUAGGGGUCACAAAUUGAACUGAAAACCUUCAGUAAAUAAAGAUUAAACAUAUUGAAACCUGUCGUUGAUCAUUGCUUUCAGUAGAAGUGGUGGCUCCUAAAGGAGCCGUUUGUUUGCAUCUUCAGGUUCUAUACCUGAAUCUUGCUCGCCAGUAGUUCUUUUAAGCGUUUCAUCUGCGCUUUGUUUGAGCAGUUAAACUCUAACUGGCAUGGAAUCUCCAUUCCUCCGCACAGCUGCUUACAGUGUCGUCUGCGACCGAUCACUUCAACGCUGAUUUCCCCACUACGUGCAAGAAAAUACCACGUUAUUCGAGAGAAUUCGCGAGGCAAAUGGCCGACCGUUUCGUCGUCCUUCACUACUUUCACGGCGUGUUUGUCCAUUGGGUUGUUAAACUCUCGUUUAGCAACAAGCUUUUCCCCGAUCGAUGGUUUCCAUAGGUCAAAUAAACGCGUGGUUACUAAGCAAUCGUUUUGUAGCAUUCUCCAGCGCUUUAUUUUCGUUCCAUCGUUCCAUUUUCAUUUCAACUGUGGGCUUUAGCAAUGAAGAGAACUGUUGUCUUUCGCAGGAAAUGGGGAAAUUGAUUAAAGAGAACCUUUUAAAAGGUAUUUUCAGAGUUGAUUAACUUAUUUAAAAUGUCACUGCAAAUACACAACAUUAAAUUUCCUCAAGUUUAUUUGUGAACAUUUUGAUGCACAAACAAACGAUCACCUUUUUUACAAAAGCGCAUUUUUGGUUUGUUUGUUUUUUUCAAAAUCAUGCUUGAAAGUUGGGGGUGCGGCUUAUACACGAGUGCGGCUUAUACACGAGUUUUUAUGGUAGUUGCUAUUUUUCAGCAAAAUUUUUCUUCAAAAUACCCUUUGUAUGACUGGUUGUGUGUAAGUCUUGUAUUAUCUCUGGUUCUCAACUUGAUUUAUAUGAAGAUUUCAAUUUUUAUUUUAGAGGGCAUGAAAUAAAAUACCAGCUAUAAGAUCUAUUUUGCGCUUAGCUGUCUCUUCUAAACAUCAAUCAGAAAUGUAUUACAAUAAUAUUACAAAAACCUGGGAGCUCCAGCUGGAUGCUAAGUUCUUUCAGAUGACAAAGGGCUUAUGGUCAAAAAUAAUGGAAGACAAUAAUUUAUUCAAAAACAUUGUUCAAAGAAAUUAUGUUCAUUUGUCAUAUUUUUCAGUAAUUUAUAGCCACUCAUAAGAAAAAAAAGGCAUAUUUCACAUGGUAAAUGUAAUACCCUAUCCAACUCGCUGUCUUUUAUAAGAGGGCAGAGUUCUCCUUAGGUACUUAAGGCUAGGCGGACCACCUGGCUUAAUUCACUGGAAAACUGUUGCUGCCUGAAAACCAAAGAUUUAACCAAACGGAAGCUUAUGUAGACAUUCAGAGCUAGGUAUUUUAAAGACGAAAUCACGCAGUGGAGGAAAUGAACCAUUGUCUGGUGUAUUUAUUUGUUUUUUGUUGUUGUUGUUGUAAUUGUUGUUGUUGUUGUUGUUAUCACAAGGUAUUGAUCAUAGAAGUGGUUUACCGUUGGAUGAAUAUGUUUAAACCUGUGAUGCAUUCACUUUGUUUAACAGCCGCCAUCUUGAAUUAUAUUUCCAAAAACACAAUGGCCCUUCAAGGAGCUUUAAACAUACUAGACUACUAGAGGAAAUUCCUUCGCUUGCAGUCAACCCAAGAUGUGUGGAACAAAAAUGAAAAGCUUGUCAAAGCAAAUUGAGUUCUUUUUUUACAGCUUAAACUAAGUUCCUAAGUCAGAAAAUUUUUAUUCAGGCUACAGCAGGCGUCGUCCAAACACCGUUGAAAUUCACAGUCAAAAUACCCCUUAGCCUUCCCAGAAUCCUAGAGAGAACACUGAAGGAUUAAACUUAGCAUUGAUAAUAGAAGUAGUAUGUCUUUGAUUUUAUCUAGACUACAAGUAGUCCCCAUUUUUCCUCAGGGAUCUCAUGUCGCCUUUUCUUGCAUGGGUUGAUUUUCAUGCACGCUCACGUUUUGCUCACUGUACCAUCCCUGAGGAAAAAUGGGGACUACUCGUAAUCUAGAUAUUAUCUGUCUCUUUCUUUGAGUACUUCUCAUCAUUAUACCACCUCUUAUCUUGUACAGUGCAGUGAAACCCUAUCCUGAAUAUCCAUUGCUGCUUUCUAGAGGGCAGUAGUAAAACAUGUGACAAUUGUAUAAGAAAUAUACAGAGGAAAAUAAUUGUUUUUGCUUGUCAAAGCUUUUCGCCUUGUGGCAUUCUUCCUCCAGGACAUGCUCUGAGUGGAAAAGAUUGAACAGGCCAAGCCCCCUGAGGCCCAGUUGAAACGUCGAUCUUUCCGUGUACCGAACCUAUUCCCUUCAAUUAAUAAUACAUGAAAAGGUUGAGGUUUGAACCAAACCUAAUUCAUGAAUUACUGUAAUUUCUUUUAACUGGAAAGCAUUGUAGAUCGAUCAUUGCCCAUUGUGAAAAUAAAUAGGCCACUUCAGAGUUCUAAAAGCCCUCACUUUCAAAAUGAGGCCAAGUGCACAACCUUUCUUGUGAAAAUGAGUUUUAUUUAUUUUAGAAUGAAAAAUCAUUUCCAUAUGAAAGGCUGAGCACUUAACCUUGUUUUGAUACAGAGGCCCGGGGACACAUUUGAAACAACUGUCGAGCUUACAUCAUUUGGGUCUACCCUAAUAGACAUGAAGUUCGCUACAUCAAAAGUUCAACAUUUGAACUGGACCUGAGUGCUCUGAACCUGCGAAAUCUGGCUAGGGUGUCCACUAUACAAGUGUUAGGUGCCAGAGUUCAUCGGCACUGCUAGAGAACAAUCCUGUUUCUUCUCUUGCAAGGUCACUUAAGCUGCCUUAAGUUAAUAUUCUGCAGAACAUUGCUCAUUGAAGGGUUUGUAGUAAAAUAUUAUUCAUUUUUAAAUGUUUAGGAUGGUGGCUCCCUGGAUCAGAUUCUUAAGAAGGCUGAUCAACUACCUGAGGACAUUUUGGGAAAAAUAACAGUUGCUGUAAGUGCUAAUUUUCAACAGAUUGAGCAAGCAUUAUCUGAAUGUGAUGAGUAAUUUUCUGUUUGCAUGAUGGGCAUUCUUGAUUGUUAUGCUUUCCUCUCUGUGAUACCUUUCCCAAGGACUCUUCGAGUAGUACAUGCUGGCUUACAGCUUGCCUGAAUGGGAAUCUGUAAAACUAACUUUCUUUUCACCCUGGGCUAGGCAGAUGGGCUACAACCAUCAAGUUACCAUUUUGAUUGGUGCUGAGCUCAAAUGGUCAUCUCUUUUUAGUUUUCUCUGUCAAGAUAUAUAAUUUCGAGAUUGGCAAUUCCUUGUGGAACAGCUAUUCAGGAAGAAUGAAGUGGCUCGAAAGUCUUAAGAUAAGAGUUUGUGGGGUUGAUUAUUUCAAAUCAUAAUAUAUUUAAUAUAUUUUUUUUUAUUGUUGAUAUACUUUUGAUUAAAUUUUAUUUUCAUUUAAUAGGUUCUGAAAGGCUUGAGUUAUCUCAGAGAUAACCACAAAAUAAUUCAUAGAGGUAUAGAUACAUUCUUAAGGUUGAUUAACAUAUAAACAUAAACAUUUACAUUAUAUCUUGUAAUUUUAUUAUUAAUUAAUCCAGUCUCUUCAGUGGCAUCUAAUUCACUGGUUUAGAUUGUCUUGGGUAAGAUGUGUAUUGCAUGCUUUUCUAUUAUUUUGAAUUGUUCUGCUUUAUUUACAUUAAGGGCCAGAUGCCGGUUAUUUUCCCAAGCUAUUAUGAACAUGACGCCGCCUACUUUUGUAGGAAAAUUGAAGAAAAAUAGAGCCAAACAUAUUCCCUUCUAGCUGUUUGAUUCCCCACCUAUUUGUAUCAUAUACCCAGCAACUGAAUUUAGCUGACAUAACUUUUAAGUGAAAUAAUUUGCAAAGCUGAAAAAUGAAGUAUGGUGCUUUAUAAGCUUAAUACUCGAUGCGUGCUGUGCUAGUAGUCAGGUCCCAUUUUCAGAAUAUUUAGAGCUGUGUGGUGUUUUUGGAAUUACAAUAAUUAUUUCACAUCUGAUUAUGAAGUAAGCAAAACCUGUGUAGGUUGGCAGUGAAAGCAUAAAUGUCAAAAUACAAGCAAAAUGGACAACUCUACUUGUGUCUACCUUGAUAAAACUCCCUCACUACAUAGCCACUCACAAGGAUCACUGAAUUCCAACAGAACGGGCUGGCUCUAGUUAUGAACACUUUUUCCUGCUCCUCAAGGUCCUCUUCUUGACCAUUUGACACCUGAAUUUUGAGAGUCUAACAAUCCAUUGUCAUCUUACUCAUAAUUUUAUGGAAUCUGAUAGUUCAUGAUGUAUUAUGCUUGAUUUAUUAUAUGUUUUGGCCUCAACUGCACCAUAAAUUCAUUUCCACCAACAGAGUUUUGUAUUUCCUUUUUUGUACAGUGCAUGAAAGGGAUUUUUACAAUGUUUGUUUGUUGUGUUUGGCAAAAGCUUCUAUAAAUUAAAUUUUAUUAUAUGCGAAUUGUGGCAUCUUGAUUUUUUUAACAGAUGUAAAGCCAUCAAACAUUCUAGUAAACUCCCGUGGAGAGAUCAAGCUGUGUGACUUUGGAGUCAGUGGACAGCUAAUUGAUUCCAUGGCAAACUCUUUUGUUGGUACAAGAUCGUACAUGUCGGUAAGAUUACUCGUUACUGGUAACUUAUAAGUAGCAGUUCUGAAACCAAGAUGUAAGGGAAUAAUUUUAUUAUUUAUUCUGAAAAACAGGUCAUGCCUUGAUUCCUUCCUCUCUGAAACCUUGUUCAAUGCUUAUUUAAGGGGAGUGCUAAUCCAGGCCAGAGGCAGCAUGGCCGAACAGUUAAAGCACCACACUUGUAAUUCGGUGGCCCCCAGUUCAAGUUCUGCCCUGACCUUCUAGCUCGAUUUGUACUCGGUAAUCCAGAGUUCAAAUCCUUGGCCACGCUUGUAUAAUAGCCAGCUGGUUUGCCCCCAGCCAGUUGGGAUUUUUAACCAUGUCAAUGUAUGUUCCACUUAAAUGUAAAUUAACUGUUUCAUCAUCCCUAAAGAGCCACAUAAGGGGAGAGGAUAAUUAAAGUAUUCAAGGUUUUUAAGGUGAAAUGUUAAAGGAGAAUAUUUUGAAAAAGGCUCCACGUCUGAAUAAAAACCAGUCACAUGUUACUGAGUAUUAUUAUUAUUACAGUUGAAGCUCUCGUGAACGGCCACCUCAGAAAUUCAAAGAAUUGGUCGUAACUCAAGCUGGUCGCUCACAAGAUUGAGCACUCGUAAAGUGACCACACAGUAAAACAAUAGAGGGUGGUCGCUUAUGAAAGCUUCAGAAGCUCAUUAAUAAUUUAUAAAGAAAAAACAAGGCGUGCUAAGUGGUUGCUAUGGAAAUGACCUGGAACUUUUACAAAUACAAUACUGCACUGUAUAAGAUCUUUAUCAACUAACCAUUAGUCCAGUGUGCAGUUUCAUUAAAGUGUUUAUUUAUAUGAACUAGACUCUGAGUGGUUGCUUAUGAGAGCUUAAAAACAAAGGAAAAAGCCAGUUGGGAAAUCCCAAUAGUUGUUAUGGUCGCUUUCAGGAGCAAUUGCUUACAACAGUUUUUCAUCACAAAGUUUUGAUGGGGUUUCACAAAGGUGGUCGUAACUAGAGCUGGUCACUUACGAGAGUGCUUGCAAGGAGCGCUUCUACUAUAUUAUUAUUAUUAUUAUUAUUAUUAUUAUUAUUAUUAUUAUUAUUAUUACUAUUAUUAUUAUUAGAUAAAAUUAUUCUUUCCUGGGUAAGAGCUUAAGUGUCUUUUGCCAUCAUAUGCACUGAGAUACUGUGCUUGAGAGGCUCAAGAUACAGAAGACGACAGCCAGACUUUGUUAACUCAGAUUUACAGAUGGAAAACAUUAGAGCCUGCCCAAAUUAAUAUUUUUUUAGAAACAUUUAAAGAUUGUUUUUAAUUUUAGAGGCUAAUAAGCAUAAUGGAUGGUUUUGUCAUGUGCAUGUUUUACAAUGAAUUUAUAUACAUAUAUUUUUCAACUGUCUCCUAUGCUUUUAGUUUGAGAAUUUCAUGUAUGUAUAUGACGAGGAACUAUAAUUACCCUACUGCAGUUUUUUUUCUUUUGUGUAUAGGUUUUUACAAGAUUUGAUAUUUAAGAUGUUGAUUGCGAUUAGAUACUCCUCAAAGUAAAUGCAGUUAACUCAGUUGAGAUGCAUAAUCAUGUUAACAGCAUAAUUUUCCCUAUUUUUCAGCCUGAAAGACUUCAGGGGGCAAAUUACUCAGUUUUGUCAGACAUCUGGAGCUUUGGGUUAUCAUUAGUUGAAAUGGCAAUUGGGAGAUAUCCAAUUCCACCACCAGAAGAAAAUGAAAUUGAAAAAAAUUCAAAUUAUCAAUCACACAUCCUCAGACUUGCCCCUGGAGCAAGACCACCGGGUGGAGUUAAUAAUGAUACCACAAAACCAAUGGCAAUAUUUGAGCUCCUGGACUACAUUGUGAAUGAGGUAAAUACAUUUAUCUAUGUUGUUGAGCGACUGUCUUGUCAUGUUUCAUACAGAUUUUUGAAUUCUUGAAAAAGUCUUGAAAUUUGCAACACAGUUUUCCAGACCUGGAAAAGUAGAGGUUAAUUCUGGAAAAAUGGUAAAAAGUCUAGAGUUUUUUCUUUUCAAAGCUACAACAAGUACUUAAUAAGUGAAUUUUUUUCCGUGGUCAAAUCCCUUUCAAUCUUGCCUGUAGCCAAGACAUUUAAUCACAGAUGGGAAGUUUCUUUAACUCUUAUAUGUCCGCUUGUACCGUAAUAACUGACGUUUGAAGUGCAUCUUGAAAAAAGGUCGAUCCCUGCGUUUUUCAAGGUCUUUAGUGACCACGUAUUUGGUAACCUUGAGUCUGGAAAAUAAACUAUUGUUUUGGAAAAAGUCUGGAAAAAGUCUUGAAUUCUGUACAAGCCUUAGUUGUGUACCAGGCAACUGAUAGCCAACUACUACAUUAUUUAUUUCAUUAGCUUGUAGGCAGUAAUUAUUUUUAUAUGAGUGAGCUGCAGAUGACAUGUAACAUACCAGGACUAAGGAGGGGAGGCAGUGUUUCAAGUGGUAGGGAUGAUCAAUAAAUUGGGGGCAGAAAUCAAAAUCCCCCACAAUUAAUCAAUUUCCAAAUUUCCGAGCCAUAAGAGUUCACUCACUUCUAGUAAAACAGCUAAUGGGAAUUCCUGUGAUGAUAAAGCUGAGCAACUAUGUUGGAUUAAAAAAAGAGUAUUUAAAGCUUUUUCCUAUAAACCUUGGGUCACUUCACAGAGUAUUGCUUAACCAUUUUUAUGGAACACGUGCAAUGUAAAAUGUCGUAAUAAUUAGAGCAAUUUUUGUUUGACCUCAAAAUAAAAAUGCGCAAACAAAACAGAGACGACAAUCAAAUGGAAAUAGAGUGAUUGGUUUAUCGAACGGAUACAAACGCGCAUGGCUUUUGGUUGGUAUAAAGCGAAUGCUUGGGUGAAAAAACUUCAUGCCUGAGAACUUUCUAGAUAUCAAUCGAUACUUCACCUUGAUAUCAUACUGCAACACGAUUGGCCAAUCAAACAGUGUCCUCUCCAUAUUAGGGUUUUCUUUGGCAGGAAAACAAAGAGUCCAUGUUUUGGUCUUUUCAUCCAUUGGCUGAUGAAACAAAUAACGAACACUUACUGGAACCAUUUUUCAAGGUCAUACCAAAAGCGCUUUAAUUAUUAGAACAACCACUAAACAAGUUUGGUUGGACCUUACUGGCAGAGCUACACAGCCAGCAUAUGUGGGUACCACCACAAAUCAUCCGAUUGCUUUGAAUGCCCCCAGAAAUCCUUUCUUCACUCACAAAUAAGGACUUACCAAAUUCUUUUACCCCCCAAGAAUCUUUCAAUCACCCUUGUCACUUGAAAUCUGGAGUACUUUCCAGUUCCUGGGUUGUCUUCCGGCAGUUGAAUCACUUCUUAACAGUUUCUGUCUUCUCUUUUGUAGCCUCCUCCCAAGCUGCCAACUGGUCUUUUUACAGAUGAAUUUUGUGAGUUUGUGAACAAAUGGUAGGUGUCCUUUCAAAUCCAGUAUUUUGAUCAUUGUGGCAUUUAACCCUUUAAGCCCUAAGAGUGAUGAGCGUCAAAUUUUUCUGAGUAAUAUCACAGCUUAACAAAACAGAGUGGUUAUGAGAAUUAAGGACAUGAUCACACAAGAUGAAUCUAAUUGAUACUUCAACAAAUUCUCCCCACUUCUUAUAUUGAAAACAUGUAGGGAUAACAAAUGAGAAUUUGAAUUUUGAUGUUAGGGUUUAAGGGUUAAGGUCAGGAGCUCAAGAUAUUACUAAAGAUGUAAAUUUUUAUUGCUUAAAAUGUUAUGCACCAAAAAUAAAAACAUUUUUUAUUGUUCAAAAGAUAGACGUAAUACAAAAAUAUUCAGCCAGUUUCCCAAAAUUCAAAAUGAAAAACUUUUUGUUUGUCCUUUUUUAUCACCUAAAAGGUUUAACUUAACUUUGCUUAAAUUGUUCAUGUCAUAAGCUCUGUCAGUCGGUACAAACUGUAUGUGUGAAUGGUUAAGUUAUUUUUCUCGAAAUUCUUUCGAGUGAUGAAUAUUAAAAAAUGCUUGUUUCUCAAAACUCCGGACUUAAAAGUUGAUCAUGCAUCUUGAAACUUAAUUUUUUCGCAUCAUGAAUCAAGUUUUGAGGAUCUGCUUCUUGCUGUAUACUUGCAACAAAGGAGAUAUACUAUUGAUAAGGUCAUCCCGGUAAACUAUUUAAAACUACAGGUUGAGGUAAAAACAAAAACCCUCACAGUGAUUUUGUUACCUCUGCAUGUUGCAUCCCUGACGUAUCAAAAUCCCCAAAGACGCAAAAUAAUUCAUGGCAUGCGUCCCAUAGGAUGUAAAGAAUUUGGUAGAAUAUCCUGCUCAUUUGAAUUCUGUAGCUGUUGUUUAAAGAUGCAUAUUUAUUUUAGUCUUUUUCGUGCUUUAAAUAAAUAGAAGGACUAUAUUUUAAUUUCAGUAAACCAUAAUAAAGAGUUUUGGUCUCUGUCUCCAGAUUAACUGUCUAUAAGUUACAUAAAGACCCGAGCAUUUUCAAUUUAAGACUCCUUGUUUUCUUUGAACUAGGAGUCACUGGAUUUGGACAGGGACUCAUGAUUUUUCACAAGAAAAAUUUUUUCACCAUAACUGUUUGUAAGAACAUCACUGCCCUUGCACCCUGCUAGUAUUUAUGUCCUAAUAAAUUUAAAGUUUACUGAUCAAUGGGCUCCUAGAAAUGUGGUGCGGGCUCCUAACUUUUUAUUUUAGGAACGUAGAGGGCUCCUAAAAAAUUUCUUAGGCAGCAGCCUUGCUUCUGACUGUUUACUUUCAUGAGGCAUCACAACAGCUUAACAACUUUAUUACACCAAUUUUUGGUUCGAAAGGUUCUUCAUUUUGCAAUAGAGGACACUUAAACAAAGCUGUGCUCUAAGGAAAAUUGAAUGGAGCCUGGUGCUCUGAAACUGUAAAAUCCAGGGUGCCCAGCACAUGAUUUGUAUGAAACAAUGAAGAUUUUCUAGUCGUCUGAGAGCAAAAGUUAGGCGUCACAGGUCACCAGGCGCUGCUAGAGCACAGCCCUGCUUGAAUUUACAAUCUUUUGCUUGAUGCAGCAUUUAGGUGGCAGCAGUGAAGGCCCUCAUGUAGGUUAAAAAUGUUACCGAUUUUUUAAGAUUUUGCUUUCCUUGUCUCAGAAUAAAUAAAAUUAUUACUUUCAUCCUUAUAAGUUCCCUAAUGAGGGGGCAAGUGCUCUCACCACUGCGGCACUCUUCCUCCCAAAAAAUAAACUUAUUUUUCUCUUUCAGUCUUGUAAAGAAUCCGUCAGAGAGAGCAGACCUAAAGUCUCUAAUGGUAGGUUUUGUUUGCUUCACUGCUUAAAUUCUCAGUGUUCAGCAUUGUCUUGCUAAAUAAAUUUUUUUUACGUGCGGUGGAUCUGUCCAUUUUAGCCGACAAAUAUUCGGCAGAUUCCUCAGUGUGAAAAUAACAUUAACAUUAACCCAUUUGCCCUUGAAAAUUUUGUUGAAGUUAGUCGAGCGGUUUUCUAGUCACUGUCUUGCUACAAAGAGCUAAACCUUUCACAAAGCCGUUUACAGGUGGUACACUUCGCGGCCUUCUGAUCCAGAUGCAGAAUUAUUAUUGGCUUGCAAAGUUUGGACAUGCACGGAAUUAAGCAAACUUUCGUCUUUUUCUUUUCCCUUUCUCUCCUUCCCUGUUCUUUCCCUUUUGUUGCCUUGUUUGUUUUUUUCUUUUGCUGAACAUUUAGUAGGUUUCACUGAAUCGUGUUUAUUCUGGUAUGGUUUGAAAGAUCUCCACACGAUUUAGCAGAUAAAGUUGUCCUUGACCGUUAAAACUAAUGAUGUCACAAAUGAUAGAAAGGAUAUGGAUCUGCACAGGCGGUUAUGGGCGGUUCAGGGGCGAAUGGGUUAAUAGUAAUUUUUAAGUUUAUAUAGUCUCCAUCCAUAUCAAAGUCCAUUAUCAGUCAUCAAAAUGAGGUAUCCCUUUGUUUCCGCAGAAUCAUCCAUUUGUGAGAAAAGCAGAGGCGACACAAGUAGACUUUGCAGGCUGGGUGUGUAAUGUGGCUGGUCUAUAGCAAGCCUCAAGAAUUGGGUGAAAAGGAACAAUACUGUUAGAGAACAGGUUACCCUUACCCUUAUUUAACUUGUGUCACAGGAAUGAGAAAAGUUACAAGAAGAGAGGAGAGCAUAAGCUAUGGAAUUUAUCUAAAUAUGGUGUGUUUUGGAUUGCAGUAUAAAGAGAGUUCAGUGCAUAGAUUGGAAGCAUUUUAUUCUUCACAUGGUGUAUGUCGCAAUGUUUAGAGGAUGCGCAUUGACAUAUUUAACAGGUCAUUCGAGGCCCUUCUGGCCUGCAGCAUGUUUAUGGCUGGUUUCCAAUGUAACUUAACUGUUUACAGGCAGUUUCUCUGGAAUGGUUGAGAGCAGGCAUCAGUGAGAAACAAAACCACAUCAGGUGGUGCCAGGUGCUUAAUCACACUUCUGUCAGUUUGUUGCAUGCUGAUGCCAGUCAAACUUAAGUUGUGAGCAAUAUGAUUGAAUCACUUUGCAAUACUAUGCGUAUGUUUUGUGUCAGUGAUUCCACCAACGUCCUGUUUAAAUUCCUCAACCCCUUGAGCCUUAAUGGGAACAAACAUCUAAUUUCUCCUUACAGUCUCACUGCUUCAUUCAGUGUAAAGCUCAUGGGAAUGAAGAAAAUAAUUGCCAAAGUUAUUUCCUAUCUUUAAUAAUUGAAACAAAUUUCUUUGAUAAGAAUUUAACCCUUUAAGCCCCAAUAUCUACAUACAAAUUCUCCAGACUGAUCUCCAUACAUUUCCUUAAGAAAUUAGUUGAGAGAAUUUGAUAAAAGAUCAAAGAUUUUUCUCUUUGUGAUCAUUUUAUUAAUUCUCUUAGACUUUGCACUUGACAAUCUAUGGAUAUCGUUAGGAGAAAAUUGAUGCUGAUGAGAACAGUAUGCAGAAAAAAUACAUUUUGGUACAGUCAAACCUCCUUGAUGCUUUACUUGCCAAGAGUGAUCAACAUCAAUUAUCUUGUAGCCAAUCUUGUAGCAUAUCAAUACAUUAUCAGGAAGAAAGGUUUAAUAUAAGAAUGAAGAAAAUGAUUGUCAAAGGAAACAUUCUCUGAUCUUUUAUAAAAUUCUCCUCACUUAUUCCAUAAAAAAGGUGUUGAGAUCGGUCUGGAGAAUUUGUUUAUGGGUACUGGAGCACAAAGGGUAAAUUUGGACACCAAAGGGACAGAGAAAAGUGCCUGCAUUACAGAGGCAUCUGCAGUGUAAAGGGAAAAAUGAAUAUUGUUUGAAGUUCUCAUCUUAUGGACCAAGAGAACUGUCUGUGGUAGAGAGCUUUGUAAGGAGAGAUUUGACUUUUAGAGCUUAAAGGUUUUAACAAGCUAACUUCCAUUGAGUUAACUGCAAAUCCUCCAUUUUGUGCCCUGUCUCUGCUGUGUUGUGUUCAUCUUUUGCCUAGGGUCAAGUUGUUUCAAGACCAGUUUAAGGGUAAUUAAUCUAGGUAUUGGUGCCAUGACAACUGUGUUGGCUGAGUUUUAGCUUAAAUCCAGGGUUAAUUGCUGUAACAACACAUAUGUCCUGAGCCAAAGGACAGUAGAAUUAGCACAAAAGUGAGGGUUAGUUACCAUAUGACAACUUACUGGUAUAGCCUCUGCGAUUUGUUGGAUGGGCAUUCAAAUUAGUACAAACUCCAGUGCUAGUUACCAUGACAACUGACAUGCCCUGUGUACGUUUAACCCACUUUCACAAUGAAAAUAAACCCAGGGUGAGGUCAAGAAUACUUUAUACAAGUAGUGUAAUACAUUUACAAUCAAAGCUAUUGUUUUAGACUUUUAAAAGCUACACUUGCAUGUUACAAUUUUGAAAGUUUCAUGGAAUUGAACCCUGGCUUUGAACAACUUGGGCCCUGUUUGACGUAAGGUAAACCUGAGGAGCUGAGCUUCUUAUAACUUAAUUGUUCCAGUCAUCCCCCCUUUACCCCCUUCAUUUGAAGCUUUCGCCCGAUUCCCACCAUAAUUUAUGUAAAAUAGUUUCAUGCUUUGUAGUUUUAUACCUCUCAUGGUAUUUAGAUUUCCAGCGUAUGUCAAACAGAAUAGAAAACUCUCUCUCUGGAUGGGGUGCCACGAGGAUCUUAUGGCUAAUGAAAUAAUAGAUGAAUGACCCAGCAACACCCUUGUCCCCAGCCUGAGAUCAUGCCCUCUUCCUGUCUCCUCACUCCUUGUGGCUAGGGGCAUUUCACGAUGAGGGACUUUUGUGCCUUAGCAGUGGAAAUUCCAUACUGAUAACAUAAAUCAAUGUUGACAUAAUUAAUCCGGUAGUCAUGGGGCUCCAAAUGUAAAUUUGUUCAAUUUUAUGUUUCUCCUGGUCAAUUAUAGUAAAAUUUUGGGUUCUUCUGUUAAUGACUGAAGCUCUAAAGAAGAAUAUAAUUAUUCCACGAAUAUUGACUCUUUUGCAGUAGAUUCAUCACGUUUACCUUUGACCUUUGUGCCUUUUUGUCCGUUGUCUGUCGGUCAUCAACAAAAGCUAAAACAAUAUAACUACUAUGUUGACCGAUCAGAGCUCCUGACCAGAUGCUGAACAGAUUGUCCUCAUCAGUAUGGAAUUUCUGUCACCGAGGUGCAGACGUCCCUCCUGGCAAAACAUCCUUAGAAGUGAGGAGCGAGGAGAGACGGCUGUUUUCGUAGACUGCAGUUAGCCCUGUCCCUAAAUAUAGCAGGUAUUUUUUUUAAAGACUUGUGAAAGUAAAGGUUUCUUUGAGCUUUGUGGCACCAGCUCUGGUUACUAAAUUGAUUAAAAAUUCAACUUUCAAAAUUUCUGAAUUAGUUGAAAAAUUUAGGAACUGUUAGGUUUAUCAGGGUGCAUUUCUUUGGAAGAAUCCAAGUUGAGAUCUUUGAUCUCAGGUUGUUUGAAGGCGUUAUGUAAAAGAAAUGAUACUCCUGAAAAGAAGGCUUCUGUAGCGAUAUUUCUUGUUUGUAGACAUUGUUUUUGUCAU